AAUUGCAUCACUUUUUGGGACACGGCAACAUUGAAAGAGUUCGUCGUCGCCAUUACGUGAAUUUUUUCCAAAAGUGCGAAAAAUAGCGUGAAAUAAGUCCAUCCGUCCCCGGAAAUCGCGUAAAUUGUGUGUCUGCCCAUCGCAGUGGAAGAGUGCUCGCGAGAUUCGUGAGGGCACUUUUUUUCAUCAAAGAAACCGGAAGUGAAGUAAUUUUUUUUUCGAAAGUUAAAAGAUCAACAAGAAAUUCUCCUGGGAAACUGCUACAAAAAUACAGGAAAUAAAAACUCGGAAAUCAACCAAAAGGAUCAGAGAACACUGCAAGAGUCCCUCCUCCGGUGAGAGACGCAAAAGAAAAGGAAGAAGAAAAGAAAAGCUCCAACGACGAAGAUUUCAUCAUCUUCGUCGUGUGCAAGAAGAAGGAAAAGUUCGCAGGAAGAGAGGAGGUUGCCCAGCUCCAAAGUUCACGGAGCAAGGACAGAGGCAAAAAGAAGGAGAUCGAGAAAUUAUUUAUUAAAAAAAAAAAACAAAAACAGUGUUAGUGGACCACACACGAGUUUUGUGGAGUAUUGAGAGUUUGCUAGAGUGCAAAGUGGGCGUUUUGCUGAUGAGGAUUCCCUGGCAGCAUGAGCACACUGGGGGGAAGUAGGGGGGAGCGCCAUGCAAAGCCCAAGUUUACAGCAUUAGACAUCAACAGUUUGUACCGAACGAGCCGUGGUGAAUCUCUGGAACCGUCAACACAGAAAAGUACUGUACCUCGUAAACAUGGUAUGCAAAGUUUGGGAAAAGUGCCAUCGGCACGUCGGCCUCCCGCCAAUUUGCCGUCGCUGAAGGCGGAAACAUCGAGUCCAGGUGAGCAGCAGGGUACGUGGGGUGGUUCAGAGGCAUCAGGUGGUGCAGGUGCCCCCGGAGCAGCGGGACAGGCAACAGCAGCGGCAUCACAGGCGGGUAACCAGUUGCAGCAGCAUCAGCAGCAUCAGCAGGUGCAACAGACACCGGGACAGGGUGGCAAUUUGGUGCAGCAGCAGCAGCAGCAACAGCAACAGCAGCAUCAUCAGCAGCACACAAAUUCCAUCGGUGGUGGUAGUAACGCCAGUGCGCAGCAGUCAUCGGGAGCAGCAACAUGGAGUUCAGUGACAACUGGUGGUCAGGAGGCCACGGCCAAUCAACCGCCACACUAUCAGAGUCCGCAGUUUCAGCACGAGUUCCCCUCCCUGGAUGGAAGUACACCGAGUGGCAGCAAAGCCAGUCAGCACCAUCAUCACCAGCAAAUGGCACAUCCCAUGAAUCAGCCACAGAUUGCCGGCGGUGGGGCAGGAAAUGUCCCCGAUGGUGGUAUGAGUUUGCGACCACAGACAGAUGCAGCCAGCUGGAUGCAGCAACAGCAACAAGGUGGUGGAAACGGCGGCGGCGGAGUUGGACAGCCGAACUCACAGCAGGCCCAGGCCCUCCAUCAGGUACCACCACAAUUCCGCGCCCUUAUGCCACCCUUUAUGUAUCGCUCUGGCGGCGGCGGCGGCGCUGGGGGUGGCGGUGGAGGAGGCGGAAAUACGGGCGGCGGCGGCGGCAGUGGAUUCCAACAGCCGCAAGUCAACCCGGCUAGACCGAGAUCCCAGCCAGGAGCACAAUCUCACUACGAUGGCCCGCCGAUGCCGAUGACCCAUCAACAGCCACCACCGCAGUAUCAGGGAGGUGGGGGAGGUGGUGGUCAACCACCACCAGGACACCGUGGAAGGGGUCCACCACCGCGUGGGGGUAGGCAGGACGAUAGGCAAUCCUCACUGCCGUACAUUGAGCCCGAAGUGGCCCUUCUGCAGCGUCCAAUCAUCAAGGAGGAAGAACUUGAGCGUAUGGAGGCAAUUGCAAAGGACGAGGGUUGGGCAAAACACGAUGAGAUCGAUUACAAUGCCAAGCUCAUUCUAUCUGACGAUGAGAGUGUCGAUGGGCCAUCAGAUGGUAUGGCCCAUAGGCAUGAGCAUGCAAAGGAGAAGGAACAUCAUAGACGUGCACAGCAGCAGCAGCAGAGCAAAGCGAUGGAGGAGGACAAUCGAGCUGUUUGGAAUCGUGAACGUGAACGUGAAAAGGAGCGCGAGAGAAUGGAAUGUGAACGUAUUGAGCGUGAACGGAAUGAACGAAAUGAUCGAGAUCGUCAGCAUGAUCACGGGGGACGUCCACAGCAGAAUGGGCAUCGGGGUUUAGAUGCGGAAACAGUGGAACGUGUCCAGAGGCGUCUUGAGGAGGAAGAACGACGUGCGUAUGAACGGAAGCAGGCAGCUGCGAAGAAACUCCAGGAAUUGGAGCAGAAGAUGAUGAAGAAGAAUUCAGCGGAGAAGGAGAUGUUGGAUGUUUCGGGGGAGAGUGGUGGGAGUGAUGAACGUCGUCCGGGUAUGGUGAUUAGCUCCGAAGUGAGCAACUUCCGUGCUAUGACACAAAUUGGCGAUGGGAGAUCCUUUAUGACGCGCGAAAAGGAGCGAAUGCGCACCGAGAGGGAGCCAGAUAUGAAGAUGUCACGUGACUAUGGGCGCUACGAUAAGUACGAGAGAGAUAUAAAUUCCCGCGAGAGGGAGUACAAGGAUAAUUCGGGAUAUCGUUCGGGUGGUGAUCAGCGUGAUCGCGAUGGGAAUGUCUUCUUCUCCAAGCAAUUCCGCUCGAAUUUACCGCCACGUUUCCAGAAUGCCGUUGGGCAGCCACCACCGGGAGUCCCAGCGGGACCAGCUGGUGGCCUUGGUGGGGGCACAUCUGCUGCACGAAGCACUGCCACAAAUUAUGCAUCAUCCAAUGAUAGCAUGGGCAGCAAGAGUAUUCCAUUUGCCCAGCAAUAUGACAUUCGCUACAUAAACAGCCAGAAUUAUGGGAAUAAAGCCACGGCACCGCCACCGGGUCAAGGGGGCCUACGACGAAAUCCACCGCCCGCGCAAUUGGGGGCCCCAGUGGAUGAGAUGCGACGCAGACAGCGUGGUGAUUCGGAGGAUGAUGAUCGCUUCAGUAGUGGACGUGAAUCAAUUGGACGCAAUUCAAUUGGGACCCCGCAGCUGGCACGUAGCAUUUCGGAUUCAUCGCAGCGCAAGACGAGUGUCUCCAGUGAGGAGCCGCAGCGUGUUGAGCGAUCGGAAUCGCGUGAAUUUGCACAGCAACCGAAUGUGACAUCGUGGGCGGAUGAGUUGGAGAUGGUGGAGGGAAAAAAGAUUGCCGAUGGUGGGAAUGCAGCAAAUAAGACUGAUGCAAAUGAUGGCGGUGAACAGUCUCAGCAUUUGGAGGACAUUCAGCCCAAGCAGAUACUUCAGCGUGUUCCAAAGUCACUUACACCGGAGAUACCCAAUGCAAUGCUAAAGGAGAAGGAGGAGAGUGACAAGGAGAGUAAGAGAAUGUCUGAGAGUCCCAUUGCGGAUGGGGAGAAGCAGAAGGAGAAGCAACCCACAUUGGAGAAUAUUGCCGAGAAGAAGGAUGAGGAUGGUGAGAAGGAGAAUUUGAAGAAGGAUGAGAAGAAGGAAGCAACUCCACCGACUGAUGAGACAAUGAAGCAACAGAAUAAGCGCCCAAGUCCACGGACACGUGGGCAUGAUGACAGAGAUCGUGGGGAUAUGCGACGCGAUCGUGGUGGCUAUGGGUCGUCGUCAAACAUGUAUCGUGGACAGAGUGGUGGGAAUUGGAAUAGGCGUGGUGGACGUGUUUCAGGACGUCCAUAUGGUGGAGAGUACUGGGCGCCAUCAGAUGGGGAUGAUGAGGAAGCAGGAGAUGACGAUUAUGGUCGCCGCGGGAAGGAUAGUGGAGCAAGAGGACGAAAGGAUGGUGGACGUGGAUCUGGAGGUUCAGGAAUGCGCAAGGAUGAAGCCUUCACACCACGUGGUGAACCAUCACGUCGUGGUCGUGGUGGGGGCUCAGCACCGGCAUUCAGACGUGGCGGCGGUGGUGGCGGGAAUAGCUCGACUGGUGGAAAGAGAAUUGACGGCUAUGGACCACCGAGUUCUAAAAGCCCAUUCGGCACAUCCGACGAGAAGUCCUCAGCGAGUGAGUCAAAGGCCCCAUCGAAGGUUCUAACACCCGAUGAUCGUACGAAGCUCAAUCAAAUGGCUCUCUCGGCUGCCCUAACUGGGAAGCCGAGUCAGAAGUCGCCGCAACCACAGAGAAGCAGCAGCGGAACGAUGAAGCCACCGGGAAAGCCAAGUGAUGAUGCCUACGAGAGUACGUCGGACCUUUCGGAUCCGCAGUACGAGAAGAAGAAGCAAAUGUCAAAGGAUGGCAGGAAGACAGAACGAAAGGAUUCCCGGGGUUCGAAGAAGGAUAUGCAAUCGGUAAAAUUGGGUGAAUCUCAGCCAAAUGAUGAAGGGAAGAAAACCACACCGGGCACACAGUCGCAAGGAAGUGCAGCGAUGGGAGCAAAGAAGGAUGAUUCAAUUGGACAACCGCCAGGAUUGCAGCGCAGUAGCAGUGGACUCAGUGCUUCAAGCCGUAGUGGCAAUUCCAAGUAUAAGGAGGGAGACAAGGAGAGAGGCGGUAUGGGAGCUAAGGGGAUGCAAAAGUCACAAACUGGACCAAAAGUGUCGUCAGCUCCUCAAGUUGCCACAUCCACUGCUCCGGUCAGCACUGCUAGUUCCCAGUCGAAGAUAAUGCAACCAGAACGUGAUCGUCAAGCAGCAAUGCGUCAGAAGGGGCAGUUGCCACCGAGAUUGGCGGCCAAACAGCGUGAACGUAUCGAUAGACGACCCGGCGAUGUCAAUGGGAAUCCCAAUCAGCAAGUUUCCGGUAAUGCAUGGGAGAAGCCACUGCAGCAGGAAGUAAAGGAGGAGCAUGGUGAUGGUGGAGAGGAGAAGCAAAUGUCUGGUUUGGCACAGCAAGCUGUGGGAACACAGAAGAUUGAUCCGAAUAAAGUGAUGUUAGAUGGGUCCACGCCUCCUGUAACCACGAUCAUCUUUGAGAAUACAAACUACAAGCAAGUCCCACAGAUGCCCAUAAAACGUCAAGGAUCUGCAAAUGAGGUUAAAAAGCAAGAUGAUGGUGUUUUCAAGGGAUCUGCUCAGCAAGUUGGUGAAAUGCUCGAUCAAGCAGCAAGGGUGCAGCAGCAGCAACAGCAACAACAGCAGCAACAGCAGCAGCAACAACAAACGGAAUCAAUCUCAUCAGCCCUAUCAUCAAUGAAUUUCACCAGCAAGAGCGAAUCGGAAUAUGAGAAGGAUAUGAAGCUGGCUUUUACAUUUGAAUCUGAGAUCUCGCAAUUAACAGAUGACAAGAGCACAACAAAUCAGAAGAGUCUCAGCUCGAGUCUCUCACUGCCACGUUCGAUACACAAUGUUGCUGCAACGCAGCAAAAUAGUACGAUUUCGCCAUCGACGGCGGAUUUAAAUAUGAAGAUAGCGUCGGUGAAGAAGGUGUGGGAAUCAUCACCAUUCCUCACGACAGUCCUGGAGCAACCGUCAGCUGAUGAUGGUAGCUUGAGUUUUGUAACAUCUUCCCACCAACAGCAUCUUCAUCAGUAUACCCAUGGCAAUCUCACGCACGUACAGCACGCUCUAUCGCCCGGACCGACGUACAGUAAUACCUUUGGACCGGAUCCGAGUGCGUUGGAGCAGCAUUUUGGUAAAAGUCAAGCUGAUGGGGUUGUUGAGCAGGAUUCCGGCUACAGCCCAAGUCCCCAGCAUGUUGGUGGUGGACAACAUGGGGCACAUCCAAAUGCGGCAAAUAUGAGUUUGAAGCAUGCAGCUGAGAGUUUGGCAAACAGUGGGAAUGUGUGCAAAGUAAAGCCGACGCAGCAGCAAAUGCAUCAAUCGGGUCUCGGACUGUCCCCACCGCCACUUCAACCGAGUGCCCUCCAAGCGGCCCCACAGACGUACUACCAACCAUCCCAAUUUGGUGGAAUGUCCGCCAUUCCAUCACCACCGGCUGUUCUUUUCAAUUCAUCGGCAAUGCCGUCGUAUGGACCAUUCCAAAUGGAGGCGGCCAAUAGGUCACAAUAUUCGCAGUAUCCCGGACACUAUGGCACGGGUAAUGCACCCUAUUCUGCCUACAUGCAGACAGCACCACCAAAUAUGCCAACUGCACCCGCUCCGGACAUGUAUCAGUCGCUAACGUCGCAAUUUCGCAUGGGUGGUGCCGUACAGACGCCCUUCAAUCAAUCCCAGCAGCUUAAUAAUCCCUCAACUGUGCUCAUUUCCUCCUCCACUAAUUCCCUCAUGUCGGCCUCCGUGAAGCCGUCAUCCCAGCAAAUUGGGGCCAUUGGCAGUAAGACGGGUGCGGUGAAUCAGCCACCGUAUCAGCAGCAGUACAUGGGAAUGUAUCCACCGCAGCAGGGGCCACCGAUGCAGAGUAACAGCUACUACAGCAAUUCAGCCGGUGGCCAGGGGGCGGCGUACUUUGGUGCCCCCUCAGCUGGCGCCACGCAAAAUUAUGGCGUUCAAGCGGCUGCAGCUGGGAUGUUCGGGAGUCAUGGGGCACCGGCACCGAGUUCAGCUCCACCACCACCGCAGCAACAAGUAGCGAGCUUUGGGUCGCAAUUCCUCAAUUCACCCCUCCUCGCGGCAGCUGCGAUGAAUCAGCAGUAUCGUGCGGGACCAACGCAGAUGACGGCUUAUAUGAAUUCCAAGCAACCACAGAGUCACAUGCAGGACCCGUGGGAACUUCAACAUCAGCAAAAUCAGACCUCAAAUAGGGGCAAUGCCGGGAAUUUGGGUCGAAGCGGCGGUGGUGCGGGGCAACAGCAGGCACAAGGGGGUCAAGGGGGCCAAGGACAGCCACCGCAGGGUCAACCGGGGCAGCAGCAACCGGGUGGCGGUGCCAGUGGCCCAUCACAGAGAUAUCCAACGCCAAUACAGCGACCCACAAACUACCCAAAUCAAUCGCAAGCUGGCGGUGGGCAGCCAUCUCGUUCCGCGGGCGGAAAUUUGCGCCAACCACCAACGUCGAGUGGGCCACCAGGUGGGAAUCCCAAUAAGCACUUCUACGGAGGUGGUGGCAGCGGUGGCGGUAACACAAGCAGCGGCUCUGGAUCGGGUGGUGGUGGUGGAGGAAGUGGCGGCAGCAGUGGAGCAGGAAAUAGAGGAAAUCAUGGUGCUUCCGGACAAGAUCAGUCAAAUGUCGUCAAACAGAUGGAAAGUGGUGUGAACGUAUCCCAGGAUGCUGGUGGUGUUCAUAAGGAUGACAAGGAUUAGAGGAAUUCCUUUUUUUUAAUUCAUUGCUGAGUGUUUAUAAACUACAAUAUUGCUCUUUUUUCUUUCAAAAUAUGAUUGUGGUGUGAGAUUUAUAUAUCUAUCUAAAAAACAAAAAGGAACUCUCAAUGCGUUGGUAAAAAAAAUAUAAAAAAAAGAAAAUGUUUUAUGACUGAUGAGAUGAAAAGAAAAGAAAUGAAAAAUGAAGAAGACGAUGUUUAAUGAAAGAAAGAAAAUAAAAAAUUCGUUGGAAAAUACAGAGAUUUUUGAAGAAUUUAAAAGGAGUUUAAAAAAAACUGAUAAAAACUACAGUGAAACAUAAUAUUAUAUUAAAGAAAAUAAUAAUAUUAUGUCUUUGUAUUAUUGUAAUACUGCUUUGAUAUACAAGAAAACAGACAUAAAGGUAAAAAACUUUUUAGCGCAAAUUGAAAUGGUUUUUUCUGCUAUUUCAUUGCAAAGAUAAAAAGAUUCUUUCAAAAGAACAAAAUGUUCUCUAAACAUUUCAACAUAACAGAAAAAAAAGAAGAAGAAAUGUUCACAAAUUAGCAAAGAGAUGUUUUAAAAAAAAAUAUAGAAAAAUAAAAAAUAAAACUGGAGGUAUAAUGAAACAUCUUUUCGUGAAAAUGAACGAGAAAAAAAAUGAUUUAUUAAUAAUCAUAUUGAGAGCAAGUUUUAUUGAAGAACUUGCCCUUUUGAGAUUGAUGACUUUUUAUUUUGUUUUAAUUCCCAAAAGAGCGUGGCACAAAUAAACACGAAAAAAAAGUAGGAAUCACAUGAAAGUCGCAAUAGUGAUUAAUGCUUAAACUUUGUGUGUUUAUUUAGGUGAGAAAUACAAAGGAAGAUUUUCAAUAAAAAGAGAAGAAAAAAGCGGAAGAGGCGCAACUUUUGCAUUGAGAAACAAUCCACAAAUAUUGUUCAUCUUUCUCCCCAAAAUGAAAAUAUUAAUUAUAUUCAUUAAAAAAAAGAAGUAAAAGAUUAAUGAAAAUAAAAUACAAGAAAAAUGUAAUUUUAAAUGGACGUGCGGAUCUAAAUAAUAUUUCAAAGUAAUUAUUUAAUGAGAAAAAAAAUGAAGUGAAACAACAAAAUAUCAUAAAAGUGAGAUAAAAAAAAAUCACAUAAUAAUCUUAAAAAAAAUAUAUUCUGUUUAGGAGUAAUGUUUCUUAGCGAUUUCAUACCUUAAGUAACGUACAUAAAUAGAAGAGGAAGAAGAGGAUGAUGAUGAUGAAAAAGUCUCUAAAAGUGUGUUAAAACCUUUUUAGGAAAAUAAAUAAAAAUAAAAUCAAAUAUUGCUUCAUAACAGAAUGCAGAAAUGAAGAAGAAGAAAAAAAGAGAUGAAGAGCGACAAAGAAAGGUCGCAUCCUGCUUUUGGGAGGGAAAAAUAAUCUUUUAAAUGAAAAAAAAAUCGAAUUGCAUAAUUACUAAAGUUUUUCCAAUUUUUUAGAACUUUUCCAGAAUACGCUGAAAAUUUGAAUUGCAUAAAAUUAUUCCAUAAUGAAUUUCAUUCAACGUGACUCCUCUAUGGAUUAAUGAGAAUGGUUUUAUCGCAAUUUAUGAAUAUUAAAGAGAAUUUUUCCUCUAUUAAAUCGUUUCAACGGCGUAUUUGAUUUUUCUAAAUAAAUGGAAAAACUUUAAGUUAAUUCUCGCGCUAAAGCGUUCACGUUAAUUUUUUCUUUCUUUCUGAAUGCCUAGAAGAAGAAAAUUCGUGGAAGUUGAGUGAAAAAAUAAGAGAAAGAGAUUUUGUCUCAAAAUAUAAUUUACAAAGAAUCAAGGAGUUUGGGUUCUUUGUAUGGGGAAUAAUUUUCACAUUUUGAAAAGACCCAAGAAAAGAGAUUUUUUUUCUUAAAAAAGAACUAAUAAAAGAACCGAGAAGUUUCAAAAGAAAAUGACACAAAUGACUUCUCGAUGAAUAAAAAAAAACACGGGGGCGGAAAAGUAAAAGAGAAAAAAUAUUAUUAAUCUUAAAUAUAUCUCUACAAUAGAAGUUAAAAAAAAUCGAGAAAAUAAUACAAUUGCUAUAUAAAAUAUAAAAAAAACUGAAUGGUAUUAAUCAUAUUUAUAAUUAAAUAAAAGGAUUUAAAAAAAAAACAGCAGAAAUGGUAUAAAAUGAAUAUCUUGUAAUGGAAAUUUUAAUUAAAAAAGAAAAAUGAUGGUAUAGUGAAGAAAAAAAUCAAGAAAAGAAUAAACGAUCGCGUCGCGAUAGAAGUGAAUAUUAUAUAAAGAAAAAAAAACAACUCUUAUAAUGUAAUUUGAAGGGAGAUGAGAUGAAUAUUAUUAUAAAAGUAAAAAAAAAAGAAGAAAUAUCGAACUAAUUUCAUAAACAUUUUAUUUCUAUUAGAUUUUUAUUUAAAUUAAACUCUUAAGAACAACCUUCUACAUAUUAAUGCAAAUUUUCGCUGAAUGAUAAAAAUAAAUAAUAAAUGAAAAAAUGAGACACGAAGGGUAUAUGGAUUAAAAAAAAAUAUAGCAAAAGAAUUUAUUCUAUGCGACUAUUAUUAGAACUUUUAUUAGUUUUCUUUUUUUUUUGUUUCAAUGGAGAUAAAGUGAAAUACAUCUUGACAAUUAUUUUUUCAUUUA